GCCGUCAGCCCGUACUGAGCGCUCAUAGUGUUGGCCACGUCGUGCUGCUCUCGCCAUCUUUCAAUCGGGAAAAGCCGUCUUUAUUGCGCUGUUUGGGGAAAAACCAGCACUUUGAAGUAUCGAACAGCCUGUCCUCCGGAUACAUUUCAUUCGCCCAUUCAUCAGUUCUAACGAAACAUGAACAUUUUCAGACUGACGGGGGAUCUCUCCCAUUUAGCAGCCAUCAUUAUCCUGCUGCUGAAAAUAUGGAAAACUAGGUCGUGUGCAGGUAUAUCUGGAAAAAGUCAGAUUCUGUUUGCCUUUGUGUUCACCAGUCGUUACCUGGACCUUCUCACCUCCUUCAUUUCCUUGUACAAUUCCACCAUGAAGAUCAUCUACAUUGCAUGUGCCUAUGCCACAGUGUACCUGAUCUACGUUAAGUUCAAGGCCACAUAUGAUGGCAACCACGACACUUUCAGGAUGGAAUUCCUGGUUGUCCCAGUUGGCGGCCUGGCAUUUCUUGUCAACCAUGACUUCUCUCCGUUGGAGAUCCUGUGGACCUUUUCAAUCUAUUUGGAGUCAGUGUCCAUCCUCCCUCAGCUUUUCAUGAUCAGCAAGACGGGAGAAGCCGAGACCAUCACCACACACUACUUGUUCUUCCUCGGCCUCUACCGUGCCCUCUAUCUCAUUAACUGGAUAUGGCGCUUCUACAUCGAGGGUUUCUUUGACAUGAUCGCUAUUGUGGCAGGCAUCGUUCAGACAAUCCUUUACUGUGAUUUCUUUUACCUAUAUGUAACAAAAGUGCUGAAAGGUAAGAAGCUGAGUCUGCCAGCUUAAGUGCCAUAGAGAGGAUCCUGGAAGUCCAUGGAUGGGCUCAGGACACCACGGCCACAGAGGACGAGUAAGAUGCCUGAGACAGAGUGCGAAAGAGAUCCAUUUCUGUUCGUCUUGAGCCCUCGUUCACAUCAAGUGCUCUGGGACAGCUCUGGAUUACAGCAGUGGCAGUACCACAGCUUCAUCAGUCUUCGGAUUCCUGUUUUACGCAUCUUGUCUUACCCUUUUUUUAUUCUGUAAAAAGCAAAAAGUUAGAAAAAACGUUUUCUACUUUAAAUGUGUAAUAUGAUUUGUCUGGCAGAAUCAUAAUUGAGCUGAAAAAAUGCCUUGAAUGGGACUGAUUAUUAUGAUGAAUAUUAGUUAUGUUUGUAAGAGUAUUUUCAAUCUGAUUAAAUGUACAUGUGUUUUCAAACAGAUUAAGGGAGUGUUUGUUGGACAUUGCUCCUUGUGAUAAAAUGUAGGGGGGGGGGGUCAGUUUCUUUUUGCAAUCUUCUUUUUCAAUUUCUUAAUGCAAUCCUCCUUUGUUAAAGGGUCAAUCAUAAAACAUUGGUUCCCCAAGCAGUGGCCCACUUGUUCAUUUAGGUUAAAUGCCACAGUCUCAAUGUUAAUUAGAUGGGACAUUUUGUAUUUGUAGUUAUAAAGCAGCUCAAAACUUAAAUCUUUACUACUGUCUAUUGGAGUACAGUAUACUGCCUUCAUCACUGUAAAUAUCUUUUGAUUACAGAAAAAUAAGUCUUACAAAGGUUCUCAAUGUAAGGUUAUAUGCAGUUUAUUAUUCUUAUUCUCUUUUUUGACAUCACCCAAAUUUUUAAUUUCAUUGAGUAUUUCUUUCAUCCUUUUAACAUUUUCUGUUUUAUUUGUAUUCUGUUAGAUGAUAGGAUGGUAUUUGCUGAAACUUGACCUGUGCAGCCCAUAAUAAUAUCCUCAUGAUGUAUGUUCAUGAGCUUUUUAUGUUAUUUCCAGUCUAGAGGAGGUUUGGAGGAAUGGGCAUUGUUAAAGUUUUUGACUUGGCAGACACCAUCAUUUUUAUUGCAUUGAUUCCAAAAAUUAAGACGAAGUAAUAUCUUAUAGCCAGUUUUUGAUUAGCUUUUUUUUAACUGAGCUUUUGCAUGAUGGCACAGCCUCAAAUAAAUAUUUUAUGGGAAACACCACGUGUUUUGAAAAUGUCACUU